AUGACUUUGAUUAAUUAUGAUAAUAAUUAAAUUGUUUCUAACUAAAAAAGUUAAUUAUUUAAAGAAUUUGAAGAAGCGACUUUAAUAAUAGAUAAACUUAAGAAUAAAUUAAAAAAUUAAGUAAAUAUAAAAAAAAUUCAAUAUUAAACAAACUCUUAUUAUUAAGGAUAAAUAAUUUAAAUAAAAUCUAAUAUAUAUAGGUUUUUUAAAAAAAUAUAAUAAAAAUAAAAUAAUAUUAAUAAAAAUAGGCAUGGUUGGGGUUUAUACUAUAUGUAAAAUGGAGAUGUAUAUGGAGGAUUUUUUCAAAUGAACUAAUUUUAAGGGGAAGGAACUUAUAUUUAUAAAAAUGGAGAUAUUUAUAAGGGAGAGUUAAAUUAAAACAAUAAACAUGGAAUAGGAACUUACUUUUAUAUGAAAUACGAAUGUAUUUAUUAAGGAAAAUGGGAAAACAAUGUGAAGGAUGGUUAUGGGAUAUUAGUGUAUAAAAGCAAUGUUGAUUUUUACGAAGGAUACUUUAAAGACAACAUUAAAUUUGGAUAAGGAGUAUUUAAUUUUUCUAAUGGAGAUUAAUUUAAUGGUGUUUGGUUAGAAAAAAUGAAUUUUGCGAAAGGAUAAUUAUAAUAAAAUAAAUAAGAAUAUAAAGAUAUUUUUCUAUAUGAAGAUGAUCCCUUUUUUUAUGAAGGAAUUUUUUUUUCAUAUAAAUAUAUAGAAAAUUAUUCUUUUGAAAAAAAAAAUGGAGAUGGAAUAUUUUAUUAUAAAAAUACUGACAAAUAUAUUGGAGACUUUAUAAAUGGAAUGAGAAAUGGUUUUGGGAAAUAUUUCUAUUCAAAUGGAUGUGUAUAUGAAGGGCAUUGGAAAAAUAAUUAAAAAGAAAGUUCAAAUGCAACUUUUUAUUUUCCUGAUAAGACAUUAUAUUAAGGGUAAUUCUAAAACUCUUUUAAAGAAGGAUUCGGAAAAUAAACUUAUUAAAAUAAUGAAUUUUAUGAAGGUGAAUGGAAAUAAGAUAAAAGAAAUGGUAAAGGUAAAUAUGUUUUUUAUGAUGAAAGUUUUUAUGAAGGAGAUUGGGAAAAUGAUGAAAUGAAUGGGUUAGGUACUUUUUAUCAAAAAAGUGACAAUAAAUAUUAAGUUUUUAAUGGAUUAUGGAAUAAAAAUGAAAUUGAAUAAAUUUUUUAUAAAUAAAUAUUAAACAUAAAUUAAUAUUGA